CCAAAAGCAGCAUCAUGACUUAUACUCCCACGAUGGGAGGCAAAGUAUGGGGCCAGAAAUGGCGCUCCUCGCCCUUAUUCAUCGUGGGUGCCAUGGCCAUCGCACUGUUCACGGACACUUUCCUGUAUACGUUCCUCGUGCCAAUUCUGCCCUACGUACUUGAGAAUCGCCUGGGGCUGGACGUCGCAUUGACGCAGCGCAUGAGUUUUGCCUUGUUGUCCGAAAGUGCGGUAGCGUCCCUGGUUACGAGUCCCUUUAUCGGUCACUACGCGGAUGGGCUAUCCUCUAAGAGAGCGCUGCUGGUUGGGUCUCUGGUGGUGGCUUUGAUUGGAUCGAUAAUCUUGGCGAUGGCGACUACGACUUUCACGCUUUUCGCCGGUCGUCUCAUCCAGGCGAUUGCGAGCUCCUUUAUCUGGGUCGUAGGAUACGCCACUAUCGCAGAUAACGUUCGACCGGAGCAUCUGGGUAAAACCUACGGUGUCAUUUCCCUGAUCGUUGCAGCGGGUACCUCGGGCGGACCCAUGGUAGCGGGCAUAAUCUUCGAGCUGGGAGGCUACUGGGUCGCAUGGUCGAGCGCCUUCGCAAUCCUGAUCGUAGACAUUGUUCUGCGAUUCCUCAUGCUAGAGAAGUCAAAAGAGAAAAAGGAAGAAAUAACGCAGCCUUCGCACAACAGCGCAUCGGUGGAUCCGGAGAGUGCACCGCUUUUGGGAAACAACAAGAAUGUAAAUGUACCGAAUCUCGCGGGCUGGAGAUUCUAUGUCUUCCUCCUCCAGCAUCGCCGAUUUCUGGCGGGCGUAGUCAGUUAUUUCUCCUUCGCAAUCUUGAUCUCGAGCUUCGACACCACCCUUCCCCUUCAUGUCCGCGACGUGUUCAACUGGGGCAGUUUCCCCGCGGGGAUGAUGUUCUUCGCCCUACAGGGUCCUGGGAUUAUUCUUAGCCCGUUUUGUGGCUGGCUGAAAGACCGGGUUGGUACGAGGUGGCCGACGACGGCGGGGUUUCUUCUCCUUGCACCGAUCAUGUGGGUGAUUGGUAUGCCGGGCGACGACCGCUUCCCUUGGGUCAAUGAAGGCGACCGAGGGAAAGUGAUCUAUACGAUCUGCGUCACCCUAGUAGGGUCCGUUUCAUGUCUGAUGAAUGGGGCGGCAACCAUUGAAGCGACAGUCACUAUUGACGAGCUCGAAGCCGAGUCGCCUGGAAUCUUUGGCCCCAACGGAGGCUACUCGCGAGCCCUGUCCAUGGCCAGCAUGAGCUGGACCCUGGGAGCAUUUAUCGGGCCCGUGCUUUCGGGAUACCUGGCGGAGCACGUCGGGUACUAUGAAAUGAGCACUGUGAUUGCCGUUGUGUGUGCGGUCUCCGGAGUCAAUGCGUUCUGGAACCUUGACUCUCGGGUGCAUUUCGACCGCGUGAGGGAGACGCAAUAGUGAUCCAUGUGCUUUUGCAUGAUUGCUUGACGUUUCGUUUUGCAUGGCGUAGAGAAGAACAGUUUGCAUGUG